ACGCUCUAUCACGGCAUUGGCUUUUUCUCGCUUUGCACGCAUUUGAUUGGUUCUUAAAAGCCGGUCGGGAGCGGAAAGCAGCAACAGACCUGGAAGGAGUCUAAGAAGUGUGCCAUGAUUGACCCCUUGGAGAACAACUUGUUUGACAUUCCGGACUAUGAAAACACAGAGGAUGAGUCCUUCCCCCCUCUCCCACCCCCGAUGUCCCCUCAUGCAGAUGAUGAUAGUGGAGACCCCUUUGCUAAUGGAGAGGAUGAACGAGAGAUAUCUAAGUUGGCAGAAGAUCCAGUGGCAAAAAGAAGAUUAGUGAAGAGGCCACAGCCUAAGCUGGAUGCACAGAGGCUUAUUUCUGAAAGGGGUCUUCCAGCUCUUCGUACUUUGUUUGAAAAUGUAAAAUUCAAAGGCAAAGGGCAUGAGGCUGAGGACCUUGGAAUGCUGAUGCAGAAAAUGGAGAACUGGGCCCAUCGGCUGUACCCUAAGUUACAGUUUGAUGACUUUAUUGAUAAAGUGGAGUGUUUGGGAAGUAAAAAAGAAGUACAGACUUGUCUAAAACGAAUACGGCUUGACAUGCCCUUGACGCAUCAAGACUUUAUUGGCAAUGAUGUGGAUGACGGAGGCAUAUUGGAGGACCACACUGCAGACGCUGGCAUCGGAGAAGAGGCUCCAAUACACUCCACCCCAUCAGCCAUCUUGCUGACAGAGGAACAACGCCAUCGCAUUGACCUUAACAAGCAGUUAGCCUUGGAAAGGAAACUGGCACGGCAGCAGGAGCUCCAAACUGCAUCCCAGCUUUGUGCCACUGAUGCUGGUUCUGCUGGGGAACACUCCUGUUUAUCAGUACCUUCACAUACUCAAGAUGGACGAGAGUUGGAUCCCACACAGCAGGAAGAAGGUGGACAAUCAGGCAGUACCAUACCGUUGGAGGAUGAAAGGUGUCAUUCCAGCAGCCCCAAAAUGAGCAAUGGCAGAGAGGACAGCAGUGACUGAUUCUAACAGUAACAUGGCCUCAGCAGGGAGGAAAAGCAAAGACCCAUUAGUGCUCCUAUUACUGAGUCACCCUGACAAAUAGGCAAACAAAAACUAGUUAGGUGUACAGGUUUCCUGGGCC